AUGGAUGAAAAAAUUCAAAAGCAGUGGAUGCAAUGGUAUGAAGAGAUUCAGACUGACGAAGAGUUGGUUGGUUCCGAUAAUGAUCUGAGCGAUCAGCCUUCAGAGCAUAAUGAGUAUAACACAGAUACAGAACAGUCUGGAGAUGAAACAGUUGGGAUAUUUCCUGAACCUCCAGAGAUCUUGACUGAUGGUAUACCUAAAUUUUACGGAAAAGAUAAAACACCUUGGUUCAAACAAAAACCACCUGCACCCAAAGGCAAGACAAAAGCCCAUAAUCGUGUUACAAAACUGCCUGGAGUAAAAAGUUUUGCAAAAAAUGCAAAAACCAUUAUAGACUGCUGGAAGUUGUUUGUUACAGAUACGAUGAUAAAUGAUAUUGUAAAAUAUACAAAUCUGAAGUUAGAUUUGAUGAGAGAAUCUUAUCAGCGCCCCCGAGACUGUCCUCCAACUGACUAUGACGAAAUACUAGCAUUUACUGGAAUCCUUUAUAUGGCUUGCGUAAAGAAAGCCCAACACCUCAACACUGAAGAAAUGUGGAAAACCGAUGGGUUUCCUUCAGCUCUAGAGGAUUCCAGAAUGAAACAUCAGAAGAAGAAACCUUCAGUUCAGAAAUUUUAGAUGAAGAAUUUUCAGUGUUUCGUUAGUAUUUUUGUUAUCGUUUAUAACAAUAAUUUUCCACUAAUGUAUAGCUUAAUAGUAUACUUGACAAUAUAAACAUUUAAUUCAAGUAAAAAUA